AUGGCUUCCGGUGGCGCGUCACUGGCCUUGGCCGCGCUCAUCCUCGUUAGCUGCGCCUCAGCGGCGGCGGCGACCAAGUACACCGUCGGGGACGCGUCCGGCUGGACGACCACAGGCGAUUACGCCACCUGGGCCAGCGGCAAGAAGUUCAAAGUCGGCGACAUUCUCGAGUUCAAGUACGCCGGCGGGGCGCACACGGUGGACGAGGUGAGCGCGGCGGACUACGCCGCCUGCUCCUCCAGCAAGGCGCUCAGCAGCGACAGCGCCGGCACCACGACCGUGACGCUCAAGACCGCCGGCAAGCACUACUUCAUCUGCGGCGUCGCGGGCCACUGCAGCAGCGGCAUGAAGCUCGUCGUGGACGUCGCCAAGGCGGUGGCAGCCCCGGCGCCGGCGCCGGCCGUGGCCCCGGCCCCGGCCGCGUCCGCGGACACCACCCCAGACGCCCCCGACACCACGCCGUCGACCCCCUCGAGCUCCGGCAUCACGCCCAAGACCAAGAGCCCAGUCACGGACCUCUCGCCGCCGGGCAAGAAGUCCACCUCCGGCGCCACCGGGCUCCGCGCCGCGGCGUGGGCCGUCUUGGGCCUUGCUGGGCUCGUGGCCGUGCACCUCGGCGCAUUCUAG